CCCCUCCCCUCUCCUCAUGGCCUGGCCACACCCACCUCCUCCUCCUAUCAGCUGACUUGCCUUCCCCAUCCACCGGUGCCUCUCUGGGUGGCGUCCCCCCGCUCAGCCAGGCUGGACUCGUCCUGGAGAGUCCUCAGGAGGGACUCCCGGCCCCGGGGCCCCACCAAGGGGCCCCUCCUCCUGCUCAGACUCCUAACGGGCCCCCGGUCUCGGCCCUCAUCCAGAGCACCAGCUUCCUGGACUCGGUUCCUGUGACGCUCACGUUGGAACCGCGGGAUCUGCUGGGAGUGGAGGAGAGCGCCGGAGGACCUCCUCCUGCCAGAGGGGGAGGAGGAGGAGGAGGAGGAGGAGGAGCACUGGGAGCGAUGUCCAAAGACGGGAGAGGAGGAGCGAAGACGGUGGAGGUGGAGCUAAGGAGGCGCUCAGGAGAAGGAUUUGGAUUCGUCAUCGCCUCUCAGGAAGUGAGCGGAGGAGGUGAGUCCCAGCUGACAUUCAUUCAGAGUCCAGAGACACCAAGUGUCCUCAGUCCCAGCCGGAGACAUCCUCCUCUGUCCUCUGUCUCCUGA